AGAACAUCUUUCAUAUCAACUAUCAUGUCGUCUGUUCCAAUAAAGUUGGUACACGAGUCAUUAGGACAUGUAGUUACUAUUGAAUUGAAAUCUGGUCAGAUGUAUAGAGGAAAGCUACAAGAGGCUGAGGACAACUUGAACGUCAGCUUACAGGAUAUAACGGUCACCGCAAGGGAUGGUAGAGUUUCUCAGUUAGAUCAGGUGUAUAUAAGAGGUUCUAUGAUAAAAUUCCUAGUAGUACCUGACAUGUUACAGAAUGCACCUAUGUUCAAACGUGUCGGUCCAAACGCUAUGAAGGGUAGAGGUAUCGGUACAGCAAGAGGUAGAGCGACAAUCAUGAGAGCUAACGCUAGAAGGGGUAGAGGUGGACCCCCAACUGUUGGAAUUAGACGCUAAAACUUAAAUUAUCUAUGAUAUAAAUUUAUAAAUCCUGCUUUAUUUAUAACGUCAUUUAUUGAUCUGUAUGUAUUAAUUAGAGUGUCCAGUUAU